AUGUACAUAUUCGAUAAUUCGGAUAUGUAUUGUUGCGAUGAUUUUGAAAUUGUAGGAUCGUUUCCUAGAUCCACCCAAGUUAUUAAUAUCCCAACAGACCCCGGACAUACAGUAAUUUCCAAAACCAUUCAUUUAGUUGGAGGCUUUCCUUAUAUGUUGUAUUUCCAAAUUAUAAAAUUUUCAGGUCAUGCCAUUUUCAUGCCAACUAUCACUUUACCAUCAGGAGAAAACGUUAGCGACUUUACAGGUUAUGUUUACGUUAACUAUGAAGAAUAUUACUGUGAUAUGGGAAAUGCUACAUUUUCAAUCAUUUCUGAAGGAACCGAUUCCUAUACAAUCACUUAUUCCACUUUUUGCUCUACCAAGUUCAGCACAGAACCAGCCGUCGGUAAACCUUAUCUCGUGGUUGCAAAGGUGUGCUACAUUCUCAACCCUACUGUUGUUUCAUCAACAUUGUCUUCAGCCACACUGAGUUCAUCAAAUGUCGAACUUUCAUCCUCUUCUAUCCCAUUGGAAUCAUUGGUAGUUGUACCUUUAUCGUCAUCUUCCUUGGUAAUGAGCUCAUCGUCAUCUGAUCUUUCACCUACACCUAUCUCAACCACACGCAGUAAUUCGGAACAAUCAAGUUUCACCAUUCCAUCAACGUUUCAUUACACACCUCCAGUAUAUAUAGGGAGGCAAUAG